CAAACAAACUCUCCGAGAAGGAGUAGCAACGCGCAGCAGUCCGUCUCCACUCCACAGCUCGGUCCUCCGGUCGUCAUGUCGGGAGAUGCCCCGGAGCAGAGUCGGCGGGUCAGCUUGCUGUCUUGGGAUCAGGUGCGGCGGUUGGACUCCAUUCUGGGGGAGAGCGUCCCGAUCCACGGCCGCGGCAACUUCCCCACGCUGUCCGUGCAGCCCCGGCAGAUCGUUCAGGUGGUCAGGGCUCGGCUCCAGGAACAGGGCGUGAUUGUGCGUGACGUUAAGCUGAACGGCUCCGCAGCCAGCCACGUGCUUCACCAGGACAACGGCCUCGGCUACAAAGAUCUGGAUCUAAUCUUCGGCCUGAGUCUCUCCGACGACAAAACCUUCCGUCUGGUAAAGGACGUGGUGCUGGACUGCCUGGUGGACUUCUUGCCCGAAGGCGUGUGCAGGGAGCGGAUCACGGCCCUGGCCCUCAAAGAGGCCUACGUGCAAAAACUGGUGAAGGUCUGCAACGACACGGACCGAUGGAGCCUGAUCUCGCUGUCCAACAACACCGGCAAAAACGUGGAACUGAAGUUCGUGGACUCCCUGAGAAGACAGUUCGAGUUCAGCGUGGACUCCUUCCAGAUCACGCUGGACUCGCUGCUGUUCUUUGACCGCUGCUCAGAGACGGCCAUGUCUGAGACCUUCCACCCCACGGUCCAGGGGGAGAGCAUGUACGGAGACUUCGAGGAAGCCCUGGACCACCUCCGCUCAAAGACUAUCGCCACCCGCAGCCCGGAGGAGAUCCGGGGCGGCGGCCUGCUCAAGUACUGCCACCUGCUCGUGCGCGGCUUCCGCCCGGCCUCCGAGAGCCAGAUGAAGCAGAUGCAGCGCUACAUGUGCUCGCGCUUCUUCAUCGACUUCCCCGACAUCGGCGAGCAGCAGAGGAAGCUGGGGGCGUAUCUGCAGAACCACUUCGCGGGCAUGGAGCACAAGCGCUACGAGUACCUGGUCACGCUGAGGCGCGUGGUGGACGAAAGCACCGUGUGCCUGAUGGGCCACGAGCGCCGGCAGACGCUGGCGCUCAUUUCCGCCCUGGCGCUUCGCGUCAUGGCCGAGCAGAACGCCAUCCCCGCCCUGUCCAACAUCACCUGCUACUACCAGCCCGCCCCUUACGUCAGAGACGUCAACUUCAGCAACUACUACGUGGCACAGGUUCAGUCCCCCAUGUCAGUGUGUAGGAACUCUUACCAAACGUGGCUGCCCUGCAGCUGA